CAGGCUAACCUCGAUGAUAUGUCUAGCCUAAAGUCAGCUUUUGCAGGUGCCAGCAUUAUCUUCAGUGUCACCAAUUACUGGGAGCCAUUCUUCCGAGCAGACUGCCGACAGAAGGCUGCCGAACUGGGCAUAUCUUGCCGCAAGUACGCCUACGAUGUUGAAUACCAACAGGGCCAGAAUAUUGCCGAUGCGGCAGCAGCAACUGCCGAAACAUUAGAUGAAAAUGGGUUCAUUGCGUCGACGUUGAGCCACGCUGGGAGGUGUAGCGAGGGGAAGUUCGACGAGCUGUACCAUUUUGAUGCGAAAGCAGACGUCUUUCCAAGUUACGUGCAAAGUAAUCACCCAGAACUGGCUCGGAAGAUGUCCUGUGUGCAGACGGGAUAUUUCAUGUCGAGCUACAAGCUGGUUCCGGAUGCUUACUUCGGGCGAGCUGAUGAUGGCUCUUUUGAGAUGACGUUUCCUACUGCUCCAGACACACCGGUACCUCAUUUUAAUGUCAAUGCGGAUAUGGGGCAUUUUGUGCAUGCAGUGGCUAAGAUGCCGCCUGGGAAGAGUUACAUGGCUGAAGGCACGACGUGCAGCUGGACGGAGUAUAUGAGAUUGUGGAGUCGGGUGAACUCAGUGCCAGCGUCCUACCGGCGGAUCUCGUUAGAAGAAUUAAUAGAUCGAACCCCCGAUGCAGAAUUUGGUCGGGAAGUGGGGGACAUGUUCGCAUAUUCGACCGAGCCGGGGUACGAUGGUGGGGAAAGGGAGCUACUACAUGCCGCAGAUAUUCGAAAAGCUGGAAUAGACUGCCCAAUGACGAGUCUGGAGCAAUGGAUGAAAAAAGAGGAUUGGUCAAGCGUUUUCCAAAAGGCAUAGGCAGAAUAUCAACAAGAUAGGAACAUCCGAGUAUUCGGCCCUGACUGUCCCGAAAGAAUCCAUAUUUACCGUAUCCACAUCGUCGGAUUUCCUUGUCUGUUCCCCACAGAUGCGCGGGGUAACAAGUUGAUUAGUGGCUUUAUAUUCAUCCAUAAAGGGGUGGCCCUUUUUAGCCUGAAUCCAAAUGCCGCCUCCCCAUACCCCAUUUCCCCCACAAUGUAUACCUGGUAUAAGAAGCCGU